GGGGAAGGAAGGAAAAUUUUGCACAGUCGAAGCUCCAGGAGAACAGAUGGCCAGCCAUGGUUGGUUUUGGAGGGAGAGCACAUUACCUGACAUCGUGCCCAGGUGUGUUGGAUGUAUUUAGAAGAGCAGAAUUGGUUCUGGAUCUCCUGCACCCCGUACUGUCUCCCCACCUCGCCCUUCCAGGGAGGCUCUGAAGGCCUCAGUUCCCUUAGAAGCGGAUGGUUCUACACAGAGUAAGCCCAUUCAGUAAGAACUCUCCCAGGAAUGGAAGACGGAGCAGACCCACAGGAUGCCCCUGGGAAGCAGCAUUUCAGAGCGGCUAGGGGCAGUGAGCAGCUAGCACUCCAGCCAGCUGCUGGAGCAGAAGACCCUGGGUUGUGUGGAGGCUGGGAGCCCCUCUUAGGGACUGCCUCAUCCUCUGACAUGGGACUGUGAGAUGCCUUCUUUCUGGCCAGCUGCGACAGGAGCAUGAAUGGCGUAUGAAGUUCCCAGCACAGGGGUUGCCCCAUCGCCCUCCCUUGGCAAGGGUCUGCUGUGGCCUGCAUGGUUCUCCGCCUCAUUUAAGCAUGAGCUGAGUCCCGAGUUUCCUGCCUCAUCCUCGGUGGUCUGUAGGCCCCUCUGGUUACCAGUCUUUACUGGGAUAAGCAGCGUGGCUUUGUGAUGUCCAUCAUGGUGUUGGCUGGAGAGGUGCAGGUUCCGCAUUUGAGGCCGCAGGAUCCAGCAGCUGAGCACCAGGACUGGACAUCCCAGCAAUGACCAGUUCUCCCGUCUCCAGAGUUGUCUACAACGGCAAGAGGAACAGCAGCCCCCGCUCUCCCCCCAACAGCAGUGAGAUCUUCACACCGGCACAUGAGGAGAAUGUGCGCUUCAUCUACGAAGCCUGGCAGGGUGUUGAGCGAGACCUGCGCAGCCAGCUGUCCGGUGGUGAGCGGGGCCUAGUGGAGGAGUACGUGGAGAAGGUUCCCAACCCUAGCCUCAAGACCUUCAAGCCCAUCGACCUGAGCGAUCUGAAGCGCCGGAACACGCAGGAUGCCAAGAAGUCCUAGAGCGCCUGGCACCCCCCUGGCCUCCAGAGAUCAGGGCGCACUGAUGUUGGUUUCCUUUGUUCUCGUGGCUCUGCUCCUGGGAGGGGGAGGAGAGUGUGCUCCAGCGGCUGUGAUCCCCAGAGCCAGCAGGAUUGAUGGCCAAGGCCCUCCCUUUCCUCUCCAGGGUCUCAAGUUGCCCCUGUCUCUGGGGGAGCAGGGGUCUGGCCAUGUCUGCCCCUGUCCUUUUCCCCUGGUCAGCUGCAUCUUGGGUAGCACCUGGCCUUGCCUAUCCAGCCCUCUCUACGGUUACCUGCCAUGCCUCACCCCUCUCUUUCCUGGCCACCUAAGGUCGGGAGGGAGAAAAGGGGACCUCUGUUUCUUUGGCCGUUGGACUUGAAAUGACCAGAAAGUAGGACAUGUGCAGUUCCACCUGCAUCCAGUGUGGUUCCCCGUGGAGACUCACUGGUCUUCUGGCCUGGACAUUUGGGGAGCUCCCCCUUCCUGUCCCCACGUCCCUAGUGUCCAUCCUGACCCUUCCUUGCCUCAGUUUCAGAGUAAUCCACUCUGAGCCCGGGACAGUGCUGGCUCUAUGAAGGCAAGCAGGCCUGCUCUCCUGGCACCCAGAGCCCUGUGGCCACAGCAGUGCCCUUGGACAGGGCACUAAGGCUGACCCUGAAGGAUUGGUGCUGCCAGGCCUGUCCUGGCUUUCUGGGGUGUGCUGGGAGGAUCACCAAGGCCCUCUUUCUUGCGCCCUUUUAAAUCCAAGUGUCUGUGCAGCUUUGGAGACGGAGGGUGUGUGAAUAAAGGUGGGUGGCGCUGGAAGUUGCUUCCUAGCAGUCUGUCAGGCCCCGAGUCCCUCACAGCCAGCUGCGCAGGGCUGGAGACCCUGCCCUAUGAGCCCUGCAGGUCUGUGAGCCCCUGAGCCCAGAGCAGUUUGGUGACUAAUAAAGCCAGAUCCUCUUGAUAGACAACUGCAUUCCUCCUGUGGAGCUUGGAAGCCGUUAGAACUCUUAGCCACCUUGUACUCCUUGCUGGAGCAGUCUGUGGACUCUGAGGAGUGUUGGCUCUGUGACUGUCCAGGGCUGCUGGGUCCAGGAGAGACCUGGCUGCAUUUGACCUUCAGUCAUGGAAACAGCCCUGGAAUGCUCCUGCUUCUGAGAAGAUGCCAAGAUGGAAUUUAUUUCAGGAACAUGCUUUCCCAGAAGAGUAUUCCGGGGCUCAAGUGGCCCCCACAGGCAUCUCCUGGGUAUGGGCAAGUCUCCCCAGGGAGGUGCAGGCAAGACAAGGCAGUGAGAAAAAGCUCCUCUAGGUGCCAAGCCCCCCCCCCACCCCACCCCCGUUACUUGGCAUUAUUAGUUCCCCUGGGGCCUGUUAGGCUAUUUGAAGAAGCUCAGUGUCCUAGGCUGCUGGUUACCUAAUCAGCUUCCCAUUGUCAGGGCUGGAACGGGGGAACGGGUGUGACAGCUCAGGGGAUUCCAGGACAAGGUGUCCACUAGAGGACCCAAGUGAGGUCCAUCCCUGAGGACAUUCUGCCUCCUGGUGUUGAUUUCAUCCCAGCUGUGUGAGAACACACCCAGGGGCCAAGGGGCUUCCUGGCCUUUCUGGAGGAGUAACGCGCUUAGGCUGUGGGGGCUGGUGCCACACACGACCUUCAGCACCGUCAUCACGUCCCAGCCUCUUACAGUGGCUGGUGUUUGUCCCCUGUGCAGUUCCAGAGUGCCUGCUGCCACUGGCAAUCUCUCGGGUGUUCACUUGACAAAGUUAGCCCCAGACAGUGAGCUCAGGGCCCUACAGCACUUGGGCGCCCCUGCUGUGUAUCAGGCCUGUCCAGUAUCUUCCUUAGGUAGGUUUGGUUUGGUUUUGUUUUUUGAGACAAGGUUUCUUGGUAUAGCCCUGGGUGUCC